AUGGACAAAGUCAGGACGCACAACCAUCCUAUUCUGCUAAAAAAAAGUGAAAAUGUAAACCUUCCGUUUUUUAUAACAGCCCAAGAACCGGCUUCUGUAUUAGAAGAACGUAAACGUUUGUAUGCAAUCUCAGACUCAAUGCGAAAGCAAAACAUUAAAACAAAGAUUGAGAAGGGGGGUGUUGUAAUGCCCGACGGUAAAAGGUAUCAGGAUCCAAUUCCUAAACUUGAAGCUGCUGAUGCCCUUCAGCUCCCCGUGGAUGAGAUACAAACUCUUGAUGACUUUAAAGUAGAGUGCACGGAACCAACCAAGAUUAGAGGUUCAGAAAUAUUCGCCACAGGACAGAGAGUAUGCUCCGUGACAGAAGUCGAGAAACUCUAUAAAAAAGUUUGUAUUGACGCAUAUUCUGCAGCAGCUGAUCACCGCAUCCUGGUUUAUAGGUUUAUGGAAACCAGUGGAAAACUAUGUGAGGGAUACUGGGAUGAUGGUGAGCACGGUGCAGGACGCCGCCUACUUCAAUAUAUGCAGACAAACGAAAUACUCAAUGCCGGUGCUGUGAUAACGCGUUGGAGCGGUCCAAUUCGCCUUGGACAAGUGCGUUUCAAGAUUAUGGAGGAUCAUCUGUGUGACUUGGCAAAUCUGCUACAUGGGUAAUGUUAAAGCAGCUUUAAUA